AUGAAAAAGCAAUACAGUAAAGGUCAUUUGAUUUUAAAAGUCUACCGUGGAAUAAAAAAAAUUAUCAAAAAAAAGAAGCCUACUUGCCAAACUCCAGGAUGUUCUAAUCUUUGUACUGGACGAAAGGAUGUUUAUUGCCCUGGAUGCAUUAAAAACACACCUACUGUCCAUGUAUCUACUGUACCCGUUAAUCAAACACCACAAUUACCUUCUGUGACUGUUAAUCAGACACCACCACCACAAGUGAUCGUUAAUCAAACACCACAAUUACCUUCUGUUACUGUUAAUAAAACACCAUCACCUCCUCUUGUGACUGUUAAUCAACCACCGCAAUUGCCUUCUGUUUUUGUUAAUAAAACACCAUCUCCUCCUCCUGUGUCUGUUAAUCAGACUAUUCUUCCUCCACCUAGUAAACCAACCUCAAGUCCGGUGAUCAAUAAGACUAAAAUGAUAUUAUUAAAAUCAAAUGAUAUAGAAUAUCUUGAUAUUCAACAAUCCUUCCGUUUAGGACUUCCAAGGAAUACUAUUUUAGGAAUAUUUAAAUUAAACAUUCCAACUAAUCUUGUGAGAGCUCACGAUCAAUACAAAGCAGUCAACGCUAAUAUGCCAAAUCUUAGAGCAUUUCAUGGAACAAAAUCUAUAUGUAGUCCUAAACGUUUCAUUACCAAUCCAAAAGCUGAAUUUUGUAAAUCUGCUUGUGGCGCAUGUGGGAUCGCACAACAUGGAAACAAGGUACAAUAUUCCGGUGAUAAACUAUUGUGGUUUGCAAACAAUUCAUCUGUUUCACUUUACUAUUGCAAUAAUGGCUAUGCUCGCAACAAUAAACCAUAUACUGCCACGGAAAAUAGCAUGUUUGUUGUCGAUAUCAUUACUAACCAGCCUGGUCCAGUUUAUACUACUCCUACAACAUUCUUUAAUGAACUAUUAAAGAAGUUCAAUGACACAUCUUUCUCAAUGACCUCUAAUCGACAAGCUCAUGUUUAA